AUGAAGAUAGCGUUAUGUUUGAUAUCUUUUGCGCUUUGCACUUCUGCCGGAACAUUGAACAGCACUGCUUCUCGUUCUUAUUCUACUUACGGAUAUUUAAGAAAAUAUGCCAUACCAGAAGCAGAACGCGUUAGAGAAGCAGAAAAAGAAUAUUUACGCAAGAAGCCGUUAAUGACCAGAAUUACUGGUGGAUUGCCUGCAUUAUCUGGGCAAUUUAAAUAUCAGGCUGGACUCAUCAGUGACAUUGUCGACAUUAAAAACAAAGGACUAUGUGGUGGCUCACUGCUCACUAAGAAUCGUGUAUUAACAGCUGCUCAUUGCUGGUAUGAUGGUGAAAACCAAGCUUGGAGAUUCACUGUUGUCCUUGGAUCACAACUUCUGUUUUUCGGUGGAACUAGAAUUCUAACCAGUGAUGUUACAACCCACAUUUAUUGGUUUCCAUCGUUUAAUGUGAACGAUAUUGCCAUAAUUCGGUUACCCGAACCAGUUACUUUAUCAGAUAGCAUCGGAACCGUUUCUUUGCCAGUAGGUUUGGAAGUAUUUGACGACUUGACUGGCGAAAUUGCUACUGCCUCCGGUUUUGGCUAUACAAGCGAUGGCGCCAACGUUACUGAAAACCAAUCCUUACAUUACGUCAAUAUGACGGUGAUUUCAAACGCAGUUUGCAAUGUUUUUUAUGCUGGUGGAAUUCGUUCAUCAAACAUCUGCACUAACACUUUAGAAGGAAAAAGUACAUGUCAUGGUGAUUCAGGUGGACCUCUUGUCUUUUACAGAAAUGAAAUGACCUACAUUAUUGGUGUUACUUCAUUUGGAUCUCUGUUUGGGUGUGAAGCUGGCUGGCCCGCUGCUUUUGUCAGAGUUACGUCGUAUCUCAAAUUUAUAUACGAGAAUCUUUGA